AUGCUUAGCAAGACUGCACUGAUUGGGAGCUUUCUGGCUGGUUCAGCAGUUGCCGAGACUGUGCACGGUGUUCUCGUCUUUAGCCGCCAUGGAGAUAGGACAACCAAGCACUACGGUGCUCAAUCUUUGACCAGUCUUGGAGCGCAACAAUGCUUCGAGGUAGGAAGCGACUAUCGUAGCCGCUAUCUAGAGUCAAACUCGCCUCGCCGCAUCCUUGACAUCUCCGAGGACAAGUACGUCUCGUCUCAAGUAUACGCCAGUGCUCCGGACCAAGGCAUCCUCUUGAACACGGCCACGGCAUUUCUCCAAGGCCUCUACCCCCCCUUGGUCGACCUCAACGUCCAGAUAGCGACGUCCACUCUCAACAACGGCAGCACAAGCACCAGUCCCCUCAAUGGCUACCAGUACGUCCUCUUGCACGGCGAGAACUCCAACUCCCCAGACACCAUCUGGAUCAAAGGCGACGAUGGAUGUCCAGCCAAUGCUGCAGCCUAUAAAUCCUUUGAGGCUAGCCAGGAGUUUCAAACCCGUGUCGCGGCAACCAAGGACUUUUAUGCCGGCUUUUACGACGUUCUGGAAAGCGUCUACGACUACAAGCCUGAGAACAUGACCUACAAGAAUGCCUAUGACAUCUUCGACCUCGUCAAUGUAGCCCGCAUCCACAACAGCACUUCCUUGGCCCGCAAUGUCACGGACGAAGAGCUCCUCCAGCUGAGGACCCUGGCUGACAGCGCCGAGUUCGGAUACAACUUCAACGCCUCUCAGUCGGACCGAUCGAUCCAUGCGAGGACCCUCACCGCCGGCAUCCUCGCCCAGCUGAACCAAACUGUUGCGUCUGAGGGCAAGCUCAAGUUUUCCCUCCUGUCGGGUAGCUACGAUACGUUCCUCGCCUUCUUUGGUCUGACUGAUCUCAUCGCCGUUUCGGAUGACUUUUACGGUCUGCCCGACUACGCCUCGACUAUGGCGUUUGAGCUUGUUAGCGACGACGCUACUGCAUUUCCCGCCGAUGUCGACGCCGAUCUCCGCGUCCGGUUCCUCUUCCAGAACGGCACGUCCGGCGAGCUGAUAACGUUUCCCCUCUUCGGCACCGGGGAGGAGACCAUCUUGUGGCCUCGCUUCGUCAGCGAGAUGCAGGAGCGCGCCAUCAGCACCGUCGAGGAGUGGUGCAGCGCCUGUUCUAGCCUUGUGUCGUUCUGUGCCGCUUACCAAGACGAGGCAACUGGCUCAGGCACCAACAGCAGCCGAGGCAUGUCGAAUGCUGUUGCCGGUGUCAUCGGUGCCGCGGUUACGCUCGGUGUAGUUGCACUUGCCGGCGGAAUUGCACUCUUUUACUUGAAGAGGCGCCGUUCAACAGCUGUCGCUGCUGUCCAUGGAACCGCAGCCGAAAAAUCCAGCCUGCACAGUGAGAAGAGUGUCUGA